AUGCUUGCAAAGUUCUUUUCAUUAAUUCUUACAAUUUACAUCAAUCACCAAAUUAUUAAUGCACAACGAGGAGGUCCAGUUGAUUGUCAAAAAGUUCAAAGCAUUCCAAAAUUAGAUGUUUCUGACUUUCUUGGCACAUGGUAUAUCCUCGCUAUUUAUCCAGACAGCACAUUACUCAGCAUGAGAUGUCCAGUUGUGAUAUUUACAUGGCCAGCCGUUGGCGCCAACAAUGCACAAAUUAGUGUAUUCAAAAAAUAUAUUUCAUUUGGUAAUGAAAAGAGAGUUAUGGGAUCUGCGUCAGCUGUUGGACGAGGGACUUUGGGGAUCAACUUUCCUGUAUUGCCUAGGGACAAUGGAGUCUACAAUGUUUUGGUUCCAGGCACAGACUACGAGAACUAUGCAGUUCUAUUCACAUGCAACAACUAUCCAGGUUAUAUAGUAGGACAAAAUGUAUGGGUUAUGAGUCGAAACAAGACAUUAGAGUCACAAUAUUGGCAAAAUGUCUUCUCCACAAUGAUUAACAACACUUUACCGCCAAACUUUUUGAAACUGAUUGACCAAAACUGCAAUGAUCAGUUUCCAUUUGUGAAUAGUGGGAAAUGA